GCGGAGACACUGCCCCUCACAUUCGCUCAGUGGUUGUGGCCCUGCCCUCGUCUGCGUGUGGUUUUGGUGUGGUCCCAUCGCCGGAGGGCAUGGUGGGCUCUUACACGUCGCUGCCUCCGGGCGUGGCGGCCACAGUUCCGCGCCGGAUCCUCCUCAGGGACUCGUGGGUCAAGCACGCGGCCGGGCCCCCGGAGGAGGCGGCGGCGGAGGCCACGGAGCCCAACGCAGCCGAGCCUACGAGCUCUUCGCCGCCUUCCACGCCGCCCUCGACGCGCCCCUCACUGCUCGCCAGGGAAGGCCCCCGCGGUCCGCCGUUGGCAUCGCCGCCCUGCCUUUCGCCAGACCUCCCGCGCCCCUUCGAGCGGUUCCGCAGCGCAAGCACUCGCGAGUCGCGCUCGGUGCCGCGCCCCGCGUCCGUCGUGCUCACCACAUACAUCUCGACGGCCGCCAAGGACGAGUUCCAGGGCCUGUCCGGGAAGGUGUCGCGCACCAAGGCCUUCUUUGAGUCGUCGCCACUGCAGGUCAAGGGCUCGGCAGGCGAGGGGGAGGAGGCCGACCACCAGGAGACCGACCUCCCGCCCGACACCCUCGUCACCUACACCUUCAGGAACCCGCUUAGGGCAUCACCCAAACCGCGGCCGCUUCGGCGUUACCGUAACACGCUCAGUUCUUUUCCGCGCUGGGCCGACCUCGCCGACGCUUCUGCAGGAGGCGACAGCGACGUUUCCGCGCCGACAAGGAAGCCCGCCUACGACAGCGCACCCGAGGGCGAGGCCAGAGCACCGGAGGAAGUGACCAUCAAAAGGGUUCGGCCCGUGGUCUCGCGACGCCGUCACGGCACCAUCGUCGGCAUCCUGAAGAACGCCUCCCGCCCCCCCGCCGGCGACGCGGCCCACGCAGUAGCAGGCGAGGAGCGCGAAAUCGCC